UUCCGGGAAGCAGCUACGGCGGCUGCGCAGGGUCUUUUUUUGUUGUGGGCGCAGCAUCCAGAGCUUCCAUGAUCCCCGGACACAGGGAUAGACGCUGGUGACAAUGGCUGAUGUUUCACUGUAUCUCACUGGCGUUAAUGUCUCCAUAGGACAGCCGUCUCUCAGUCCAGGUAAGGACUUUGAGAGUGUGGAGCUGGGGGAACUGGACAACAAAGGAGACAACCAACAGCAUCAGAGGGAGAAAGCUCCACGCAGGAUUAUCCACUUCUCCAGCGGCGAGACAAUGGAGGAGUACAGCACUGAUGAAGACGAGGAAGAAGACCACGAGCCCGAGAGGAGGGAUUUGCUGUCCUCCCCAGCUGAUGUGGUGAGGAGGGAUGAGUCCAAGAUGACUUGGGGUCCAUACUUCUGGUUCCACAUGUGGAGAGCUGCCACGUCCACCAUCUCAGCAUGCGAUUACCUCGGAGAAAGGAUGGCCUCACUUUUUGGGAUAACAUCAGCCAAGUAUCAGUACGCCAUCGACGAAUACUACAGGAUGAAGAAGGAGAGGGAGGAAGACAAGGAGGAAAACUAUCUGUCAGAGGAAGCGGAACGAACCUUCAACAGUCGACGCUCUGUGAAGGACGAGGACGAGCCAACCGUCCUGAGGUCAGAGACGCUGCCUGCUCGACACAAUGUCAGCAUUCUUGGGUCAGACUGGGUUUCAGCGGUCACAAAUAACACGCCACGCAGUUUUGGCCCUCGCUGUUACUUGUGUAUGAAAUAG